GAAGUAUUCCUGGCCCGCAGACAGAGAAAGUGAAGCAGCAAAACAAGGGCUGGGUCGAAGGGAGGAGGUGAGGAUCCUCCCUUCUCACCUCCUCCCUCCUCACCUCCUCCCUCGUCCUCCUCACACGCCCCAGCAGCCCCUCCCUGCUCUCAACACACACACACUCCUAUAAACCAGUUGAAAUGUCAAUUGAUCUAAAAAAAAAAAUCCCUUAUUUAAAAUACAAAAUAAGACAUUGGGCUUAAAACAGCUUUGAAAAUCAUGCAAACAUGUUUCCAUAUUGCAGAUAUUGUGCCUCCCUAAUGUUCCUCUGUUUCUACUAUCAGUCUUUUCUUAGGUAAUCCUCACUCUGCAUGUAAAGGCAUGCUCAAGGGGGAAGUCUCUGAAGUGAAAACAUAUACGCAUGUAAAGACAUGCCAUUAAAACAUGUCUAACGUAUACAAUGUGCUUUAAGAUUUGAGAAACAGAGGACGAUGAAAAACAGAUGACAGUUCCUGUAAAAACAAAUCCAAAUAUCGUGCCGUAUCGUGCCGUAUCGUGCAUACCCUACUUUUUGAAAUACUGAUUUGUAUUGUAUUUGUACAACAACAACUCCUCACGUUUGUAUGUGUCUCUCCUUCAGCUCUUUUCUCGGAGAAAGUGAGGAACAUGUCCCCCGACGCCAUCAGAAUCCCCCCCGAGCCGCCGGGACGCUGCUCCAGCCAACUGCAGGACAAGAUCCACAAGCUGUACGAGAGGAAGCUGCAGGGAGACUUCGACACAAACAACCACAUCCAGAAGAAGAAGGAAUUCAGAAACCCCAGCAUUUACGAGAAGCUCAUUCAGUUCUGCAGUAUAGACGAACUGGGAACAAAUUACCCGAAAGACAUGUUCGAUCCCCACGGCUGGUCGGAGGACUCGUACUACGAAGGCUUGGCCAAAUCUCAGAAGGUGGAGAUGGACAAACUGGAGAAAGCCAAGAAGGAGCGCACCAAGUGUGUUUCACAGAUUGAGUUUGUCACGGGGACGAAGAAGGGCAACAACCCCUCGAACACCGCGGCCUCCACCAACAGCAGCAACACCUCCACCACGUCUACAGAGGCCCAGAAGAGGAAGAGUAAAUGGGACUCGGCGAUCCCCGUGACUCUUUCCCAGCCCGCCGCCAUCACCACCAGCUCCUCGUUACCGGCCGUCGUCUCCGUCACCACCACCGCCAGCGGCACCAAGACCACCGUCAUCUCCGCCGUGGGAACCAUCCUGAAGAAGGCCAAGCAAUGAUCUCCACUACAAGAAGAACAGGAAGCUGCAACACCUGAGUGUAGGGCUGGGAGAUGUGAGGAAAACUCAGAUAUCGGGACGUUUUCGGACUUCUAUCGAUAUUUGAGUCACAAAGUGAUUACACGAUGGAAAUGUAGAUAAAAGCUCAUCAGUAAUGUGGAUUUUUACUCUCAAACCAUGAAAAAACACCUCUUACGAUAUCUUAAAUCCAUCUAUGUUAUCCAUUCUUGUAUCCAGAUGUCGAGAUAACAUCGGUGUGUUUCCCAGCCCUUCCCUGUGCUCAUUAUAAAUGUGAGAAAGAUCAGAAAGCAGACGAAUGACAAUAUGGACUCUCAAUGUACGUUUUUUUACCAACCAACCAACCAACCAACACCCUCACAUCUAAAGACUAUCUCCUGGAUUGUAUAUCUUCAUUUGAAAGUGACAUUUGGAGAAAAUUCGGACUUUACUUACUGUAUUUAGUUUUGUUCCAGUAUUUUCUCCCUUACUUAGCGGUUUUAUGUCAUUGUAGUCGAACAUGUGCAUCAUUUAUUCAGAUUCCCCCCCCCCCAUCAUAUGCAUAUUGACUGACCUGUUGGGUAACACUUUUUUUAGCUUGUACAUAUUUGAUGAUAAGGUGAAUAAAUGGAUCAGUUGUUGCCUUUUCUGUUGGAU